AUGGUCCAUCUCGUCCCGUUCCUUGGAAUGGCGGGAGCGGCCGUCGCGAGUCUGUCUCAACUCGCCACCAAUGGUCACUCCACAUGGGGCACUCUGCCGUCUCCCAAUCUUCCCCAGUUCCUGACCGACGGGACUUCCGACCUCGAACCACCCUGGGGCAACGUAGACCCAGCCGGCCCCCCUCCCACCACCGGAGUGACGCGUCACUACAACUUCACCAUCACGCGCGGCUUCAAAUUCCCCGAUGGCUUCAACAAAAGCGUCAUUCUGGUCAACGAUCAGUUCCCCGGUCCCUUGAUCGAAGCCAACUGGGGCGACAUAAUUUCGGUUGCAGUCACCAACAACAUCGACAGUCAAGACGAGGGUGUGACUCUCCACUGGCAUGGCCUCACCCAGAGGAACACCCCCUGGAACGAUGGUGUCCCCGGUGUCUCUCAGUGCCCGAUCGCGCCUCGUGGGGCCAGCAGCUUCACGUAUAUCUUCCAGGCGGAUCAAUAUGGCACGGGCUGGUACCACUCGCACUUCAGCGCCCAGUACGAUGAUGGGCUGUAUGGACCUAUGGUCAUCCAUGGCCCGCUGCAGUCGGAGAUCACCUAUGACCAUGAUCUGGGUCCGGUGAUGAUCUCUGAUUACUACCGUAUCGGUUACUCUGAACUGCUCGAGUUGAGCUUCUCGGACCCGCCACGGACUGUGAGGGCUGAUGAUAAUCUGAUAAAUGGGAAGGGCGUCUAUGAUUGCAAUGCCACUGAGGUGGAUGAUCAAUGCCUCGCCGGAGCAGGAAGAGCCCGGUUCCAGUUCCAGUCGGGGAAAUUGCAUCGCUUGAGGCUCAUCAACACCGGCUCGCUUGCUAAUCAGAAGUUCAGCAUCGAUGGCCACGAACUGACCGUCAUUGCGAAUGACUAUGUCCCGCUGAAACCGUAUACAACCAGGGUAGUCACCCUGGGUCCAGGGCAACGAACGGACAUAAUUGUCAACGCGACCGGCUCUCCCACCGACGUGGCCUGGAUGCGAUCGGACAUGGACAUGGCAUGCUCAGAGAACUCAACCACAACCGCCACCCACACCGCGCUGGCCGCCAUCUACUAUGAAUCGGCAAAUACAACUCUCCUCCCGCGCACAAACGGCACCACCUGGGAGAGCAACAACUAUCGCAACGACCCGCUAGACCUCACCGUGCCCUACUACCCUUUGAUACCCCCGGAACCCGAAACCACCCAGACAGUCACCAUCACCGUCAGUUACAACGCCACCACCUUCGCCAUGUUCAUGGACGGCUCCUCCUUCCAGGCCGACUACAGCGAGCCCGCCCUCCUGUCCAUCAACGAAGGCAACCUCUCCCUCCCCAUCAGCCGCAACAUCUACAAUUUCGGCUCCAACUCCACCGUGCGCCUGAUCCUCAACAACACCGACUCCACCCCUCACCCCAUGCACCUCCACGGCCACAACUUCUGGGUGCUCGCGGAAGGCAUCGGCGCCUGGAACGGCUCGAUCACCAACCCCGAAAACCCGCUCCGGCGCGACACGCAUAUCCUGCAGCCCGGGACGGUAGAUGCACCGUCGUAUUUGGUCCUCCAGUGGACCCAGGAUAACCCUGGUGUCUGGCCGCUGCAUUGUCACAUGGCGCUGCACGCGCGUGCGGGGAUGGUUAUGUUGGUUUUGGAGCGGCCGGACGAUUUUGCAGCGGAGUUCUUGUCUGUUCCCUUGGCGACGGCGGAGACUUGUCGUGAUUGGGACGUGUUUCGCCGGGAGGUCUAG